CAAGAAUAGGGUAAUGGAAAUCCUAAUUUCUACUUCUACCACUUGCAUUGUUCAUGCUCAAUAGUUCUAGUGAAGCGCACUGAGAGAAGCCUUGUCGAAAUGGAAGGCCUAUUUAUCUUAUCGCCGACUGGGCCAUGCUGUCAACAAUCUCACGUGAGCACCAUUCCGCACGCGACGAAGCGCGUCUCUGAGUUCCUUUUGCCUUGCCUGUCAAGCAACAGAAUCGGCAACGGUUGGAAUUGAGGACAAAACAAUGGCGGGCGCUGGUGCAAAUCAAUCCCAUCAACUCGUCACGCUGAAUGGAGCAGCCGACCUCUCCGCCCCGUUGGCAGGUCUGGUCAUCUGCUGUACUUCAGUCCCAGAUGAGAAGCGUACCGAACUGGCGAAGUAUGCGGAGGAUAUGGGUGCUGUCCAUCGGUACGACUUGACCCUCGACGUCACCCACCUCAUUGUUGGCAAUUACAACACGCCUAAAUAUCGAUACGUUGCGAGAGAAAGAUCGGAUGUACGGCCCAUGACUGCCAAAUGGAUCGAGGCAAUUCGGGAACUAUGGAUCAAUGAUGAAGAGAUAGAUAUGAAGUCACUGGAUCGAGAACAUAUACUACCGACCUUUCAUUCCUUGAAAUUUAGCAUGACCGGUUGCGACGAUCCUGCGGAAAGGCUAGAGAUCGCCGAGCUUGUCAGGACAAAUGGAGCAGUGUAUGAAGGAGAUUUGACGAAGCAAAUCACACAUUUGAUAUCCUACCGGACGGAGGGUGCGAAAUAUAAAGCUGCCAAGAGCUGGGGACUUCGAAUUGUUUCGCCUGAAUGGUUACACCAUAGCUUAGAGAGAGGCAUGAUUUUGGAUGAAAAGCUCUAUGAUCCUGCUUUGCCUGAGGAAGAGCGAGGGAAGGAUGCCUGGGACAGAACUAAGCCAAGAAGAACCUCAUUGGGAAAGCGAUCCAGAGAUGACAGCAACACCAGUCUAGAGGGAGGGAAAAGGAAGUUGCGGAGAACUGCGAGCACGAAACUAAGCACCCAGAACGACGGACUCUGGGGUGAUAUCGUUGGAGGAGGUGCUAUGGCGCAAGUCUCUCGAAGUGGGAUAUGGGAGGAAGGCGAUGCAGGAGUAUUGUCAGAGAAUGCACAUACAGAGCAGAAGAUAUCUAACGACAACACUAAAAGCGGAUCACUCCAAUCGACAAUCGAGAACCUGCCACGAAAGAAGGGCAUGUUUCAUUCUUGCCGUUUUUACCUGUCCGACUUCCCUCCGGCACAAGGACAAAUCCUUCAUGAACACAUUGUUUUCAACGACGGCGAGGUAUCGGGUUCAAUGGAUGAUCUGAUCCGUCUUUCAGAUACGACCCCCCAAGUCAGACUGUUCAGAGUCGUCCCUCACGACUUACCUCUCACCCAGCCCCCUCCACUACCAGAAUCUCAACCCUCGAUUCAGACAGUUACAGUGUGGUGGCUGGAGCGAUGCCUACACAGGAAAGAGUUCAUCGACCCCGCUGAUUCGGUUAUUGGAAGACCGUUUCCUGUUUUCCCUAUUGAAUCCUUUGCGGGAAUCACAAUUUCGACCUCCGCGUUUUCCGGGAUAGAUCUACUUCAUGUAACGAAAGCCGUCAAACUCAUUGGCGCCAAGUACAGUGAGGAUAUGACACCACAAUCGACGGUACUUGUCACAAAGUCAUCAACUGCAGUCAGGAAAGAUAAAUUCGACCAUGCCCAGGAGUGGAGGGUUCCUAUUGUUACAGCUGACUGGCUUUGGGAUUCGAUCGCGAAAGGUACUAUGUUAUCGCUCUCAAAAUAUCGAAUCCGCUCUCAGAAGCGAUCGGAUUCCCUGCCAAAAACGAAUGGGGGCGCGCAAGCAAAGGCUCUACAUCGACCUGAGCGAUCGAAGAGCGAACUCCUGAAGCCGGGCGCAAUGUCCAGCAGUACUGCCUCCAAGUCUUCCACGAGACCACCCAGAAAUGCACGACUCGACAAUACUGCAUUUGACUCAGAGGAGCCAAUUAUCAAGGAUGAGGAUAAUUCUCAACUCAAUGGGUCACUUGCAGACACAACGGGCUCUGCAACCUUGGACCAAUCAUAUAAAUCAGAACCUCUUUCAGAAAGAAGUAUCAACUCGCCGACGAGAACUGUGUCGACAGCUCCGGCUCCAUCAGACCAUCCACGAUCCAGACCACAAGAAGACAUAAGCAACGCAAUAUCAAAUCUCCUUGCCAAGACUAAGACAGCUGCCGCGAACCCAGCACAGAACGAGGCAUCAGAAGGACGAAAACGAGGCCCUGGUAGGAUUCUAGGCAGAGUGACGAGCAAUAUCUCUACAGGGUCUGGCCGCUCGCGCGCUACAUCUGUCGACUCCACAGCUACCCAUGGCCAUCCAGUGCAAUACCCUCCAUACGAUCCUAGAAAUCCAAGACCAGAGCACACAGCGAAUGAGCAGAUCGAUCUGCUGUUGCAUGGAAAUGGACACCUAAAUGAGGAUGAGGACAGUCAACCACCUUCGACUCAGUUAGAGUAUGAAGAUCCAGACAGCACUGAGGCGAGGGAGAUGGUGAUGGCGAGGAUGAUGGGCGAGAAAGUGCAGCCAAAGAAGACGGGGUUGAAGGAGAAGGCCGUCACCGUUGGUGAUUUUAUGGAGAAAUCGAGGGCGACUAGGAGGGUUGGAAGGGGGGGUUUAAGGUGAUAGUUGGACAUGGAGUCAAUAAUCUUUGGGUUUGAUGAGCCCUCGAAAGACAGGUCAAUCGAUUAAGUGACUUUCAUACUCAAGAAUAUCACGAAUAGGCCUUUCUUGUGUCAACCAAGUGAAGACUCUAGUAAGACUUACAAAAGUCUUCAUCUGAAAACCAAUCUGGCUCCAUUGUGUCUUGCUCGGCAAGAGCGACUUGCAGUAAGCCUCAUGACUACAACCUCUGUACAACGAUCCUCCACUCCUC